CGCGCCGGGACCGCCGCCUCCUUCGGACGGGCGCCGCAGGGCCGCCGCUCGCUUGCCGCUCCGCCAAGACUGGUUUAUUUUUCAUCAGCUGAGAAACAAAGGAACUGGAGAAAUUGGCCUGGAGAAAUUGUGUCCUUGCUGACUAGCCGUAUCUGUCAUAAAGUCCUGCUGCUCGGCCCAGACUUCAUCCUUUUGUAGAGGGGUGACUGCAGAAGGAGAAAGAUGGCUUCUUCUAAACCUCUGGCCAGAUUCUGGGAGUGGGGCAAAAAUAUUGUCUGUGUGGGGCGGAAUUACGCAGAGCAUGCCCAAGAGAUGAAGACAGCUGUCCCCUCUGAGCCCGUCUUCUUCCUCAAGCCCUCCUCCGCCUACGUCCGGGAAGGCUGUCCCAUCAUCAGGCCCUACUAUUGCCGGAAUCUGCACCAUGAGGUGGAAUUGGGGGUGGUGAUUGGGAAAAGGGCGCAAGAGGUUCCCAAAGAAGCUGCAAUGGAUCAUGUGGCAGGUUAUGCCCUCUGCUUGGACAUGACAGCUAGGGACACCCAAGAACAAUGCAAGAAGAAAGGGCUUCCUUGGACCUUAGCCAAAGGGUUCAGCACCUCCUGCCCAGUCAGUGAUUUCGUGCCCAAGGAGAAAAUCCCAGACCCCCAUCAGCUGAAGAUCUGGCUGAAAGUGAAUGGGGAGUUGCGGCAAGAAGGAGACACCUCCGUCAUGAUCUUCUCCAUUCCCUACAUUAUCAGCUACAUCAGCAGAAUUAUCACACUGGAGGAAGGGGAUGUCAUAUUGACGGGGAGCCCCAAAGGGGUUUCUGCUGUGCAAGGGAAUGAUGAAAUAGAAGCUGGGAUCCAGGGAGUGCUGAGCAUGCGGUUUAAAGUGGAAGAGCAGAAAUGACCGACACGGUCCCCUUUCAGGGACAGAGCUUCGCUACUUCGGACAAAAGGGACACACGCACAGUCCUUUUUCUGGGCGACUGAAGAGGCUGAGCGCCUUCCCUUAGGGCAACUCCCAUGGAUGGACCUUUGCUUCCUCUUUCCCCCAUACACAACAGGGGUGGGGGGAUGAGAUGAGAUUCCCUCUCCCUUUGCCAAACCUUCCUUGUUGUACAAGAGAAGAGAGAACGUAGAAGAAACAACUUUGAAACAGAAACGUUCAAAAGUUUAUCUAGUGAUUUCAAACCUCGCUGUGGCCUCUCUUAAAAAGUAACUAUUUGUUUCUGUUGUGUUAGACUGCACCUGUUGCCUCCUGAAGGAAAAUCAUAUUAAAAUAUGUGCCAAGAAAUGACAGAAUUUAAUGUAUUUUGCUAUGGAAUUAAAUAUGUAUUUUGCUAUGGAAUUAAAUAUGAUGGUAUUAAUGAAAGCUUUUUUCCAUCAUAAUAAAUUUUAGACAAUUUA